UCUGAAACCUUUUGGCCGAAGUUUCGUACAGGCGACUGUCUAUCUUUGCCAUCUUCUUUCACGGCGAAUGUACUGUCCUCCGUCCCUGGCGAGGUGACAGCAGCUUUCUUUCUAUACCAGAGUCGCCGAUUCUCUUUUCCUGUUUUAGUACCAUUAUUAUUUCUGUUUAAUGAAUUGAUCACCAUCCUCGUCUGGCUCAGCAGAUUCCGUUCCCUUCUGUUGAAGCCCGCUCUCCCUCAUCGUACAAACCCUCGAAGCGACGAGUCGACGAGUACUUCACAGCCCCCUCCUCCUCUCCCUGCUCCUCACAAUGCUCGUCCGACCGGGCGCCACGCGACAACCACUUCCCAUGCGACAUCUCUUCUCGUCGUCCAACCCGCUCCGACUUUCGUCGAGAUGCUGCGCCAACCUUCCCCGGCCUGUCACCGAGAGCCGGCGGGUUCUCACGACCGGAAUCGAUUCACGUCCGUGGAAGAAGAAGUCAUUUCGCGCGCUGGCUGGCUUUGAGCGCAAUCUCGCAACGGCACUUGAAGAGCACCGCCCGUUCGGCGACGAUGUCCCGUUCCAAGGCCUCCCCAGUCACAUGGCCUCCCCGUACCAGGCCCAGGAAUCACAGCCACCACUUCACGCGCUGAGGCCAUUUAACGCCUACGACGAUCCAUUGAUCCUUGGCGAACAAAAAGCAUAUCCGCCCAGGCUACGCAUCAACCAGCUCGGAAUUCCUGGGGAUCUCGAUGAGAUGCUGUCACUAUUUCAGGCUUGUGUGCAGGUUAACAGACUGGAUCGCGCCGCCCUGGUUCUAAAGCGAUUCGAAAAACUACAGACCCUGGAGUCUCACCAAGCCAUGGAACUACACAAUCAGUAUCUGCAAGGACGGGUCGCUCAGCUCGAGGCAGAGCCAGAGAGUAAGAAGGCCGAAGAAGUUCACAAAUGGUUCGAACUGCACAUCCGGGAACGACUGCCGAUUACCCCCAUCACAAUCGCUUACAUGCUCAAGACGACCCUGCUUACCUCGACCGGCAAGAAGCUGAAAGCCCGGGUCGACCGCUACAUGAGCAUGAUGCCCCAGCAGAGUGCCACGGAGCCAUUGGACCUGGGAGAGGUCCUCACAAGUGAAGACUUGUCGACAAUUGCUGAAAUCUGUCCGACCUAUUACGUGCCGGAAACCGACUUUGGUGCCGUUGAUGCCGAGGCUGCUGCCAACGAGGGUGACACCUUCCCCUCGGAUUCUAGCGAUCGAAGUAUGCAGAAGGACACCCCGACCGGCGUGCCCGAAGUCCGCGGCACACCCCAGAAGGGCAUGGGGCUCAAGUCACUCAAGACAACACUUUCGCUGUUCUCCGAGCUCCCGGAAGGCCUGGACAUCGCAGCGCUCCCUCCUGCGCAACGGCACGAGGUGCAAGCCAAGUUGGAGCGGGACUGCGUGGAGGCUGCGAUUGCCCGGUGGCGAGAUGAAAACGAAAGCUUGAUGAAGAUGGGGCUCAAUAGCCAGCUUUCAACCCCGUCGCUCAAUUCGAAGCUUUAUGACUGGCAACAGGCGCUAGAGGCGCGGCUCGCCCAAGAGCAAGCCAAGGUCGAGGCGUCUGAAAAGGCGCCAAGAAAGUCCCUAGAAGACCUGGAUCGAUGUUUGUACGGACCCCAUCUGUUGCAGUCACCACCGAACCGUCUCGCUGCCGUCACCAUCCUCUCCGCCCUCAGCAUUCUCGCCAUGCACGGUGCCGACAAAGGUGUUCCGGUCGCUACCAUGGUUCAGCAGCUGGCCAAGAUCGCCGAAGAGGACAUUCGCGCACAGAGCCUUGCGAACAGCCUACCCAACGCAAAAUCGAGAGCCCGCAAACAGCAGAACGCUCGGCACCUGAUGCGCGUCAAUGACUCUGCGUCAAAACAAUCGCCAGAGACGUCAACCACAACCAGCACAAGCACAGCAGCAAACCCUGCGCUGGACAGCCAAUACUCGUCCUUAGAAGCCCGCUGGCCGCUGGCGAUUAAGGCGAAGGUCGGCGCCGUGUUGCUUGGGGCAUUGCUUGACACUGCCAAAGUUGUUGUCUACCGGGAGCAUCCAGACACGAAAGAAAGGGUGGCACAGGCGCAGCCAGCUUUCACGCGUAACGUGCAGUUCAAGAAAGGAAGGAGAGUGGGCAUGAUUCAGCCGAACCGUACGCUGGUGGAGCUGAUGAAGCGGGAGCCGAGAGGGGAGGCUUUGGCUCGCCAUCUGCCCAUGCUCGUUGAGCCCGUGCCGUGGUCCAAGUUCGACAAGGGUGGCUUCCUCAGCACGCCCAGCAAUCUCAUCCGCCUGAAGAACCACGAAAAGGACCAGCGCAUAUAUGCUGAAGCUGCCAUCGAACGGGGGGACAUGGAACAGAUGAUGAAGGGUCUUGAUGUGCUCGGCAAAACAGCUUGGAGGAUCAACCGCCCUGUUUUCGACGUGAUGCUGGAGGCAUGGAACACGGGAGAGGAGUUCGCGAAUUUGCCAGCGUUAGACCCUAAGAUCCCAAUUCCCCCCGAGCCAGAUUCGACCGACGACCCGAUGAAGAAGCGGCUGUGGCUGAGGGCCGUCAAAGUGGCUGAGAACGAAAAGUCGGGGCUGCACUCUGUCAGGUGCUUCAUGAAUUUUCAGCUGGAGAUCGCCAGGGCUUUCCGUGAUCAGACCUUCUACUUCCCUCACAAUCUCGACUUCCGCGGGCGCGCAUACCCCCUGCCGACCUACCUGAACCACAUGGGCGCCGACCAUAUGCGCGGCUUGUUGAUCUUCGCCAAGGGUAGACCUCUUGGAAAGUCUGGCCUGAGUUGGCUCAAGGUCCACCUCUCCAAUGUGUUUGGGUUUGAUAAGGCUAGCCUUCAGGAGCGCGAAGACUUCGCCACCAAGAACUUGGAAAAUAUCUUCGACUCGGCUGAUAACCCGCUCACCGGGAACCGGUGGUGGCUGCGGGCCGAAGACCCGUGGCAGUGUCUUGCCACAUGCUUCGAGCUGAAGGCCGCCCUCUCAUCUCCGAAUCCCGCUGCAUUUGUCUCCCACCUGCCGGUUCACCAGGAUGGCACCUGCAAUGGGUUGCAGCACUACGCUGCUCUUGGCGGUGACACCUGGGGCGCGCAGCAAGUGAAUCUCCUGCCCGGAGAGCGCCCUUCGGACGUUUACUCUGCCGUUGCCCAGCUGGUUCAGGAACACGUCCGCAAGGAUAUCGAGAACGGCAACGACUUCGCUCGGGCCAUAGAUGGCAAGAUCACCAGAAAGGUUGUCAAGCAGACAGUCAUGACCAAUGUCUAUGGUGUCACAUUCGUCGGCGCGAAGAAGCAGGUUCACAAGCAGCUCGAUUCGCUGUAUCCGGACAUGGAAAAGGAAACGGGCGUCAGCUCCACCGUGCUCGCGUCGUACAUUGCAUCUAAGAUUUUCGUAGCGCUGUCGACGAUGUUCCGCGGCGCCCACGACAUUCAGCAUUGGCUCGGCGAGAUUGGCAGCCGUGUGUGCCGGGCCAUGACGCCGGAACAGCUGGAUCGGCUUGCCGAGGCUUCCGGCGAGGUCGUGGUUAAGAAGAAGGUUCCGAAAGGAGGCGAGGAGGAGUUUGCCGCGCAAUUCCGAAAUACGCUCGUCUGGACAACACCUCUGCGGAUGCCCGUGGUCCAACCGUACAGGAAGAGCAGCACCAGGCUGAUCUCGACCUGUCUCCAAAACCUGGCAUUGACGACCUCAGACCGGGACGACCCCGUGAACCGGAGGAAGCAGCUGCAGGCGUUCCCACCCAACUUCAUCCACUCACUCGACGCGAGCCACAUGAUGCUCUCGGCCCUGGAAUGCCACGAGAUCGGCCUCACCUUUGCCGCCGUCCACGACUCGUUCUGGACGCAUGCCGCCGACGUGGAUGCCAUGAACGCCGUGAUCCGGAACUCGUUUAUCCGGAUUCACCAGGAGGAUGUCAUUGGCCGGCUCAAGUCUGAGUUUGAAGCGCGGUACCGUGGAUCGAUCUACCGGGCCAAACUGGACGCCACCACCCACGUGGGAAAGAAGAUUCUAGAGCACCGGAAAAAGCACCGCUUGACCAUCAAAGAAGAGCUGCUGCAGGAGAGACGCCGGCAGGUGCUUCUCCGCUCCAUUGAUCCCGAGGAGGUCAGGCAAGGGAGGGAGAUGGUGACGCCGGCCAGCAUUUUCGAAGCGCUCGCCACGCCCGACAUGGUGGCGAGUGAUGUCGAUGCGGAAGACCUGGUGGCGUCGGCAGAGGAAGAGGACGGGGAUUUGGACGCUGCCGCUACCGAUUCCGAUGGCGAUAUCGAGGAGGCCCUGGAGGCGGCUGAAAGCGCUGAUGCCGAGGUUGACGCAGCAUCGCCAGACCUGACAAAGUCCGAUGACGAGCAGAGGCACAAGAGGUUCCUGGAAAAAGCCGAGAGCUUCGGGGUAGCGCUCGCCGAGAACGCCGGCACCAAUUACUUUGCCCAGUCGAUGCACGGGGAUCUUGAGAAGCCGACCAAGAAGCGGAUGGCGCAGAUCUCGCUGUGGCUGCCGCUCACGUUCCCUGAGAUCCCCGAAAAAGGGAACCUGGACGUGACUAAGCUCAAGGAGAGUAAGUACUUCUUUUCUUGAGCGCGCGGUCCAGUCGUAGCGGCGGAGGGGCUUGUCGUCUCGAUUGUACCAUCAGAAAAGUGCUUUCUUUCCCUGUUUGCGUUUUGUGGCGUUGACUCGUUAAUGGCAUGGUUGGCAUGGCGUUUUGCGAUAAGAGGCGGUUUUUCUUGAGCGGAAAUGUAUGUGCCUGUGUAUAUUGGACGUUACACGUGAAGGCGAGGUUGGUUCAUGGCGUUGUAUUUUACAUGCCUGCUGUAAAUGUGGGUGUUCUCUGCCUCUAGAUUUCUUGUAUAGUACGAAUGGAACAGAGAAUUGAAGGCUUGAUUUGGUGUGUA